ACGCUUCAUUCGCUUCAUCGCGUUUGACAGGUUGACUAGCUUUUCGCGUCAGCAGCAGGUCGAAUUUUGUUUCGAAAGUUUUAUCGGAAUUUCGUCGCGGAAAUUACGGUUUUUCGGUGAAAUUUACUCUGAAACAGUAGUUGGUUUGGUCCGCUAUAUUUUGCAAGUGAUCGGCUUGAAGAUGGAUCUGCUUUACACGACCGUACGGAAGGGACACGCCAACACCUUCAGCUUCACGGAAACGCAACACAAUUUCGAAUUUCUGUGCAAUACAUCGUCCUGCAAUGUACUGGCCUUUACCACAACCAACGAGCUGACGGAACCUUCCCCCAUACAGGGCUGGGGCUUCCACAUCUACGUGGUGGAUUUAAAUGCGCCCUGGUUCCCGUAUCGAGUCACUUCCAACAAGUAUCCUAUCUCGGUGCUCCAAUGGGACGUCCUCGGACGGUAUCUGCUGGUGGGAGACCGCAACGGCCAUGUGCAGAUAUUCGUCCAGAAGGACAACUUGCUGUCCGAGUGGAAAUCGGUGUACAGUGUGAAGUUCCCCGGGGAAAACAUCAUAGCGGCAGCAUUCUUCCACAACGGCCGGAAGCUGAAUCUGCAAACGGACAAGAAGGACCAGUAUUUGUAUCUGGAGAAGUUCCAGAAGGUAAAAUUCGCGGCCAGUGUGCGGCAGUUCGGUGGGGUUCCCGUGGAAGGGGUGUUGAUCGUUUCGGCCACUGGAAUGCUGGGUGCUUUUGUCAUUCCGCCGGAGUCCAAUGCAAACAUUCAGAAACUGUCGGAACCAAUCAAGUUGGUCCCGGUGACGGAGAGCUUGGCGGUUACGAGGAAUUACUACACGACAGCGGAUAUUUGCUACGGAAAAAAUGGAUAUUUCAGAGUGGCAGUUGGCAAUGGAGACUCAAAAUCUGCGAACUCCAAUAUGAUUCAAUGUUUCCGGGUAGCAGUCAAGCAGCGAGAGGAGACCUUGGAAAUAAAUAGCACGGCACUACCCAGUUUCUUUCUGGCAGAGGGAAUGGGGAAAGAUUUAAAGGAACUACGUGUGGCACAUGUCCAGUGGGUAUUCAGCGAAGAUGCCGACUCGUUGAUUGUGGCCUCGAACCAUACCGGAGGUGGUUGUUUCGUUGAGCAAUGGGAGUUGACCGAGGAAUCUACGCCGAUUCACAAGUUGUUCCAAAGCAAUAAGAACGAACCUUUCAAGACGCUGCUCUGGGUCAGCAAAAGUCAAUAUAUGUACACCUCUAAGGUGAUAAAAAUUUGCACAACUAAGUUGAACUUCUUGAGUAGCUCGUUCAUCUAUCUAGCUAUGAGCGACAACAGUAUUCACUGCCUGCAGAGGGACACUUUGAAAAGGUUGACUUGCACAAACAUUGUGUCCAUUCGUGAUCCAAAUGACCAUUCCAGCAAACAGAUUAAACUGGGCCUUAAAAUUGGAGCUAUCGAUGUCACCCAUUUGGGACACCUCUUUGUAACAUUGGACACCUUUGGGCAACUGUAUGUCUAUCGGUGCAACUUCAUGUGCCAGGAUCAAUUAGGAACCCCAGCUCUGAUUGUGCAAACUGUAAAUCUACUGGAGUAUUGCUUGGUAACCGGUCUGGAUUCGUUGGACAUUCUCCUCACGUUGAAGACCCAAAUUCUGGAAAACGUUCUCGAAAGGCUUACGGAAAACUUCCACCGACAGCCACCCAACGUUCAGCAGUAUUACUACGUUAACUUCCUCACGAUGAAGAUCGCGCUGUACCGCCUAUCCAUUUCCGGACAGCAGAAAGCUCACGAUUUGUCCAACUUGCUUAUCCUGCACUCGAUACUGAUUGCUUUUAAGAGCCUGCUACGGCCUUCGGAUCUGACCUCGCAUGAUAAGGGCCCAGCGGAGAACUUAGCCAUGGUCCUCUCGGAAUCCGUCCCCGACGUGGAUAAAGUGUUGCUGAAUGUAGAGGCCAAGGAGUUCACCAUGGAGCGACCAACGCUUCAAAGUUUGCAACAGCUGAUUCAAUGGGUUGCCGACUUGGCACUGAACAUUCUCGCCAAACUGCCGGAGAGUCGAUCCUUCAUGUCCAAUAAGUCCCAAGGGUACGACAUCAGCAAAGAUAUCAUCGCGCUCAACAGUAUUCGUGAACUGCUGGUAAUGAUUCGCAUCUGGGGUUUGUUGAACCCCCAAUGCCUUCCGGUGUUCUCCCGUUCGGCAGACAACCUGGACAUUCUAGGAACUCUGUUCCGUUUGCUGACCAAACUUUCGCUGAAUCCCAACGAACCGGAUGACCUGCUGUUGGACGAAUGUUGCUUGCUACCGAAUCAGGUUCUCAUUCCCCAGCUGCAGUAUGUUCCGUCGAGGACCAUGAUCGCGUCUCCGCUCCUGCCGCAUGUCACUCUUCCCGUUAUGUGCGACUACGGCGUGGAGAACGAAUCGCUAAAGUUCUGUCCGGAGGUGCCGAUCGUCGAGGGAGGUCUUUCCAAUGACAACGUAAUCGAUUCGGUGAUGUACCUGCAGCUGGGUCGGCGGCCACCUUCGCUGCGUCGAUGCACUCGGUGCGGAUCGUGUAGCAGUGUGGUCAGCGUGGCCAAGACGGCCGCCAUGAAGGCCUGGGAGCAACGGUGGAUCGACAAGUGUCGAUGUAACGGCUUCUGGCGACUCGAAGUGGCCUAGCCCUCGAAACGAAAAGGACCAUGAAGGUGAGAUUCCACUAGCGUGACGAAUUAGGUGACAUUUUGCAGCAGCUGCGACUUCUAUGUGUUGUAGUAACUCUCUGUUUAUUACUGAUUCUCAAUCGUAUCGACCUUACAGACAGCAUAUGGUCAGCACACCUAUUUUGAUGACUUUCACAAUACACUUUUUGUCAUAUAUG